AUGGAGAUGUACUCAUCCAGAGCAUGCCUGGUUGCGGCUGUAGCCAUGACGUUGUUGAUUCUGAAGAAGAGAAAGCGUAGGCGACGCUUCUGGGCUUUCAGUGUGGGGAAGGAGUCUACAGUUGGAGUGUUUGGAAAUCGCUCUCCUGCAUCACAAACAGCUGCACCAAUGAUUAAUUGCAGUACACACACCACAGAUACAGAAUUCAUCUUCAGAGGACUGACUGACAAUCCCAACCUAAAGAUUCCACUCUUCCUUGUGUUCCUGGCUGUUUAUGUUCUUGCCAUUCUAGGAAAUGUGGGCAUUAUUGCCACUAUUCAGUUAGAAUCUGGACUCCACACUCCAAUGUACUUCUUUGUCAGUCAGCUGGCGAUGCUCGAUAUUUUUUAUACAUCCAUUAUAACACCAAACACACUGUUAAAUUUAACCAGAACAGUAAAACCUGUAACCAUUGCCAAGUGUGGCACACAGUUGUUGCUCUUUGGAGGUUCAGCGACCACAGAGAGCUAUCUAUUAGCUGCGAUGGCUUACGACAGAUUUGUGGCAAUACGCCAGCCUUUGUUGUAUGUAACUAUUAUGUCUAGCAGGUUGUGUAAGCUUCUGGUGUGCGGAGCCUAUUUUGCAGGGUUUCUAAACUCUACCAUCCACAUAAGUUUUACAUUUGCAUUAAAAUACUGGAAAGGUAACGUAAUCGACCAUUUCUACUGUGACAUCCCACCCCUCUUAAAACUAGCAUGUUCUAAUACAUUUCUUAAUAGGGUAAUUAUAUUUAUUUUUGGGGGACUUACAGCUGCCAUCUGCAUGUCAACCAUCCUCUACUCCUAUAUCAAUAUCCUGAUUGCUAUAUUGAGCAUUCAAUCAGGCAGAAGUAAAGCAUUCUCCACAUGUGCCUCCCAUCUGACCUGUGUCUCUAUAUUUUAUGGUUCUUUGAUUAUUGCAUAUCUUAGAACCCCAUCUGACUAUCUGCAGAUUAAUGAGAAAAUCAUCUCUGUAUUCUAUGCGGUAGUAAUACCAACUAUCAACCCACUGAUUUACAGUUUGAGAAAUACAGAAGUAAAAGUAGCUGUGAGAAAAAUUGUCAACAAAUAUAAUUUUUUUCAGAUUUGUAAAAGGAGCUACUAG